UAGAGCGCUCCUUGUCAAGUUUACACUGUUUAAAAAGCACCAAGCAAAGUGUAAUCCAAGGAAUUAGAGCAGUUAUUGAAAUGGAACAGUCCUGUUUCUUCAUGAGUUUUCUACUGUUAAAAAUUUGCAAGUCAAGGAAAUAGCAGACCUUUCUUUUCCUCCCUCCUGGUGGGGGAAUUGGUCCAUUGAGUCAUUUGAGGGAAAGGUAUAAUUUGUAUUCAUGCAAAAAUAGCAAGUCAUUAAAUGAAGAUAUAGGACAUUGUAGCACUUAAAACUUUAUAUGAAAGACAGCAGUGGAUGCUGUUAGACCAUAGCAGAAAGUUUUCUAUAGACUGUGUCGGUUAGUUCAAUUAAAUAAGAAUAGUGACAAUUUGUAAAAGCCAAAAAGGAGACAUGGAACAGCCCAUACCUCAAUUUUACGCCGGGCGUUCUGUCCUGGUCACCGGAGCGACAGGCUUCAUGGGCAAAGUCCUCGUCGAAAAGCUGCUGCGGUCGUGUCCACAAAUUGGCAAUGUUUAUAUUGUCAUUAGAUCAAAAAGAGGCCAGUCUGCCCAGGAAAGAUGGGACACAAUUACAAAACUUGUGCUUUUCGACAGGGUGAAAGAAGAAGUUCCAGGCAAUAUGGAAAAAGUCAAAGUGGUAGACGGCGAUAUUACAAUGAAGAAAUUCGGUCUGUCUGAUGCCUGCUACGAAGAGAUGACAAAUUCGGUAUCCAUCGUCUUCCAUGUGGCAGCGUCAGUCAGGUUCGUGGAGUCACUGGACAGUGCUGUACAAAGUAACAUCAUCGGAACGAAGAAUGCCGUUGAUUUUGCUCUGGCAUGCAAUACCAUGAAGGCCUUUGUCCAUGUUUCUACAGCGUACUCAAACUGCUAUAAAGAAGAAAUCGAGGAAAAAUUCUAUCCUCCUCUUGCCGACUGGAAGACGCUGGUGAAAAUAGUCGAAAACUCUGAUCUGAACACUUUACGCAUCUUGACUGCCAAGUACAUAAACCCAAUGGUAAACACGUACACAUUCACGAAACAAUUGGCUGAGACGGUGGUGAAAGAUGUUGAGGAUAGGUUGCCCUCUGUCGUUCUCAGGCCAUCAAUCGUGAUCUGUUCAUGGAAGGAGCCAGUCCCAGGGUGGAUCGACAACGAAAACGGCCCCAUCGGAUUGUUGAUUGGGAUCGCAAAGGGUGCCAUCCGCUGCCAAAUCACCGACGUUAACAUAAGACCUGACUACAUGGCUGUUGACAUAGCUAUCAAGGCAAUGAUCGUGGCUGCCUGGAAAAAAGGCACUGAGAACGGAGAGGGCAAAUUAACGACGGAUAUCUACAAUGCGUCUUCCAUGUCAAAAAGCAUUACUGUGGGUGAGACGAAUAAUAUUGGCCAGGAGCUGUACAAAAAAUACCCGAUGGAACAAAUCCUCUGGUACCCACAUGUCACUUUUACAAAAAACCUGACUGUAUUUCGCAUUUCCUGUUUCUACAAACACUUUUUGCCUGCUUUGCUUGUAGACUCGAUUUUACGCGUCAUGAACAAGAAGCCUAUGCUUCUCAAGAUUCAGAAAAAGUUUCUCAACGCCAUGCUCGUCCUUUCCUAUUUCACGACAAGGAGGUGGAUCAUACACAACGAAAAAUUCCUAGGCUUGAACAAAGAAGUACCAGCUAGCUGUUUGGAAGACUUCGACUUUAAUUUUGAAAACAUAGACGUGAGAGAAUUUUUCAAGAUGGGCAUCAUACAGGGGAAACGGUUCAUUCUCAAUGAACCAAUAGAAAAUUUGGAGAAAUCUAGAGCCAAUUUCAAUAGGUUUUUCUGGCUGGACGUCUUCACCAAGCUGGCAGCAUCAGCAGGUUUUGCCUAUGCCAUGUACAGUUGGUUACUCUAAUAUUUUUAAGCGACCCACCCCUUUAAACAUUACACUUCUUAUUUUAAUUGAAAAACAAAAAUACACAGUUGAAUCUUUAAAUUAUAUAUUGUCAGCAACUUCCAACUGCACACUAUACCUUAAUAUUUAAUUUAACAAUACAAUUAACAAUUCAAAGCAUUAAAAAAAAUUUUUGACAUUAUAUUUGUACAUUAAUAUACAUAAUUUAAGUAAUUUUUCAGAAAUGUUUUAUUUAUAAUAAUAAAU